GCCUAGUAACUCACGUCACCUCACCAGGCCGGGAACAGAUCUUCCCGUGGCUGCUGCUUUUCCCCGCAGACUGGUUGUGUUUCUGGUCGGAGUGUUUUGAGUGCUGCACGGCGGGAAUCUCAGUUUUGCUAUCGAGGACGAGAGGCGGGGAGACUGAAGUAGCUCUUUGAGCGCUCGUCAUGCCUGCUAAGAGAGCUCUGAAGUUGGAGAGCCAUACCAUGGGAAAAGUGCCUGCAACACCAUUGUUCAGAAGUAAGAAAAAUCUCAAGUCUUAUUCACCAACAACAGGAACGUGCCUAAUCAGUCCGUUUUCAAGUCCCAAGAGCAGUAAUGUACAAGAGCAUGGAAAUGGUCUAUCAAAUGGAAAUAGAGAGAAACCCAAUAACUUGCUGAUCAGAUCAUCCAGAAGGGGGCAUCCUCAAAUGGAAGAAUAUGACAAACUUUUAGCGCUACAAUCUGAAGUUGAAGAUUCCCUGGAUAGAUUCAUGCAGAUGAGACAAAACUUAACCAAUUUACAGACUUUAGAGGGCACCAGAGAGCUUGAAAAUAUUAUAGGUGGUUCAGACAACUCUGGUAACUUAAAAGGUGAAGUGAGAAAAACCAGGAAACUGCUAGAGCAAGCUGGAAAACGAAAGCUGUUGAAAAGGAGCAAUGUAAGACAUCCUGCCCAAGUCCACAGCCCUCUGUGGCGCAGAGUGGUAAGCGGCGGUAACGCAGCCGAAGCUCCGCUCACGGACGGAGUUCGAUUCCAACGGAAGGAGGAAGUAGAAUCUCCGAAUAUCUCCAACCCUUCAACAACUCUGAGUUCCUUAAAUCCCUCAUUGACUAAGCCCACAUAGGCCAUAUCUGAAGAAUAUAUUCUGCUUGGCUGCAAGAUUCUACAACUGCAUGAUCCUACUUAAAAGGUUGAAAAAAAUGCCUGUAAAUCUAUCUCCCCAGCAAAUACCAGCUAAGGAUUGCUCAGUGCACUAGGCAGGUGCACAUCUAGAUACAGUUUCUUGCAUCUAAUUUAAACUUUACAAUCUGCACAACCAGAUAAUCUCAAUGUAAAUAAUACACUUCUCCCUAGCUCUUUUAUGCAAAUGUGUAAUGGCACAAGCUGAGCUACUUCUAUGUAGUUACAAGGCACUGUACUUGCCCUACCUUGGUGGUAAAAUGCCUCAGUGAGCUUUUCCUCAUGUUUGGGAAGAAGAGCUGUGUUUAGGGACAGACGCUAUUUCCCAGGCCUUCAAACAAACUGUAAAUUUCACAGUAAUGACAUGCUCUAUGCUUUCUCUGAAGGA